CGGAAAAUGAGGUUUUUUUUAAUAUUAUACGUCAAAAUACUGGGUUUAUUUACCACAAUGUAAAAAAUAAUAUAUUUGUAGUAACCUUAUGAUUAUAUUUUUAAUGAAAAUUUACAUAUGUUUAAAAAAUAUCACUUACAUAAUUGAUUAGAAUCAACCUUUCCCAUUAAUGAUAUUAUCAUAACAAUUUCAAAAUUUCUAUUGGAUCAAAUUUCAAGGCAUGGCGGUCAGUUUACGACACUACAGAUUUAUAAAACAGCAAUAUAUUUCUCAGGUAAGGCACCUCAGUUGUGGAGGUGAAAGCGGGGACUUGACUGGACUUGUUUUAGGAGUAUAUAAUGAAGAUGCCGAUCUCCACGGUCAGGAAAGAACCUUUACCAAAACGUUUACCGAGUUCGAUCAGAAGCUAGAAGGAAAAUUAGCAGAAUUACUCAGACUAUCAGGCCCUGUACCAAAGAGAGGAGAAACGAGGAUAUUUUAUGGCCUCGAUCCUAAAUUUAAUGCAAUAGUUGUGGUUGGUAUGGGAGACGAGUGUCAAGGGUUCUGCGAGAGAGAACAAAUGGACGAGUGGAAAGAGGGUAUAAGAAUGGGAGCUGGCUAUGGUGUGAGGGCUUUACAGAAGUUACAUUCAAGGAAUGUAUUUGUUGAAAGUUUUGGUCACGCUGAAUCAGCAGCAGAAGGGGCAGCUUUAGGGGUUUGGCUCUUCCAAGAGCUGAAGAACAGUUCGAAGCAAAAGUUCAUUCCAAGGCUCGAGCUCUUCGAAGACUGUGAUUAUACUGGUUGGCAAAUCGGUUUACAAAAGGCUGCAGCUCAGAAUUUAUCAAGACAAUUGUGUGAAACACCAGCUAAUCUAUUGACACCUAUAUCAUUCGCUCAGUCAGCAGUUGAAAUAUUGAGUAAAGCGGGAGUGAACGUGGAAGUGAAGGUUAGAAAUUGGUCUAAAAUAAUGCAGAUGGAAGCAUUUCUAGCAGCAGCAAGAGGUUCUUGUGAACCACCAAUAUUCUUAGAAACAAGUUAUUAUGGUUGUGAACCCGAUGUGGCGCCCAUAAUUUUAGUUGGAAAAGGAGUGACAUUCGACAGUGGUGGCCUGUGUUUGAAGGAUUGUGGUGAUAUGAAGCAUAUGAGAGGUGACAUGGCAGGUGCAGCUGUUGUGGUAGGAGUUUGCCGAGCAGUAUCUGCUCUUCAACUUCCAAUUAACAUCAGAGGAUUACUCCCGUUAUAUGAAAAUCUGCCGGGAACGUGUGCUAUGAAACCAGGGGACAUAAUACGAGCUAAGAAUGGGAAAUCGAUUUUAGUCGAAAACACUGAUUUCGAUGGGAGGAUAUCGCUUACAGAUGCGCUGUCGUAUUCAGUCCAGUUCAAUCCCAAAUUCGUAGUCGAUAUAGGCACACUUUGCCCAGAAAUGCAAGAGCUAAUGGGAGCUGCAGCCUGCGGGGCGUUCUCCAACAACGAUGAACUUUACGAAAUGAUGAGGAUUGCCAGCAUCCAUACAGGUGAUAGGGUCUGGCGAAUGCCUUUAUGGAAGCACUACAAGGAAAAGGUGACACUCCAUCCUACGGCUGAUGUUAGGGAUGAGUACAGAUCUGCUGGCGCUCCAUGUACCUGCGCAGCCUUCCUGAGAGAGUUUGUCCCUCCAGUGGAUUGGAUCCACCUUGAAACCUACGGAGUAAACUUAUCUGAUGGUUACACCUGGUCAUACUUGAGAAAAGGCAUGUCAGGGCGUCCGACGAGAACUGUUGUGGAGUUUUUAGCACAGCUAGCCUGCAAACAUGAUACUGUUGAAAGAGCGGCCGAGAAAGCGCCUUAGUUAGUUUUGUUACUGUGAAUGUCAGCCAUGUAUUGUGUUGGUAUUGAGUCCUUCCCCUUGUGGUGUGCAAAUAAAUAUUGAUGUUCAUUCUUUGCUAUUUAUUGUUUCUAAAACUUUUAUUCGUUAAAUUAAAUAAAAGUUUACGUUGUGUUUA